CAACAAUGGAUAAUGAGAAGGAAACGUAUUUACAAGAUGACUAAAAUGUAUGUCGUUUACCCUGUGUAGAAUUAAUAGCCUAUGGAUAUUUGGCGGCCAAAACUAUUUCCAACCAGUAACAACAAAAAGUUUAAACUAGGCUAAAUAGCAUCAAAAAAGGAGAGUAGGCUAUGGAGCAGCUAGGUGGCGCUUGGCUGGAUACAAGUGCCCCUUUCCCGGAUGAGAUGCGGAUUUCAGUCCGGAAUGCGACAUCGAUGGCGGAGGCUCGGCUCAACUUGUCCCCCCGAACUAAACUGAUUCUGGAGGUCCUGAUGGUGUUGAUGUGUCUCGGCGCAGUCACAGGUAACAUCCUGGUGAUUGUGAUAGUGGCGGCCACCAAGACCUUCCACUGCGUGACAUCAGUGCUCAUUAUGAACCUGGCCAUCAGUGACCUGUUGGUCGGGGUUGGAGUCAUGCCCUUCAUAGCUCUCUCCAUCAUGAACAACGGAUGGGUCGACUGUACUGACCUGUGUCUGUAUGUGGGGUACACCUCCUCAGUCUACUGUACAGCCUCAGUCCUGACCCUGGCAGCCAUCGCCCUGGACCGCUACCACUCUAUCAUGGACUGUCUGCGCUACAGUUCCCACUGUACCCUAUGGAGGAAGUGUGCUGUGGUGCUGUGGAUCUGGCUCCAGGCCCUGGUCACCAGCUGUCCUCCUCUGCUGGGCUGGAGCACUGUGUCCUACAUGGCUCCCAUGUACAGCUGUGCGGUGAACUGGAAGAGCAGUCCCAGCUACACAGCCUUCAUGGCUGCCCUGUCCUUCCUCAUGCCUGCUGCAGUAAUCCUCUUCUGUUACGUCAUCAUCGUCCGUGUAGCCCGGAGCCACGCCAGGAGGAUCCACAACCUGGAGGACCAGCUCCAGAGAAACACUGGAAUGCCGAGCUCCUCCUUCCCGACCGAGAGUACUUCUGAGCGGACUAGUCCGAGGUGUCUAGGUGCCCACGGUCCUUCCACCUCCAGGCUGGUGUAUCAUCUGAGUGGGCGGUUUGUAUCGGAGACCCAUGGAGAGGUUGGGGACGAGGUUCCUUCAGGGUCAGAUCAUACUGCUGGAGCUCCACAGACCUCCAACCACCCAGACUCUACCUCCAGCUCCAAUGCUGCAUCCCGGAGACUGUUCUCCUUCCUGGCCCAACACGCCCCCCAUGGCCACCCCCAUCCGCCCCACCAGAACUCCAACUCCAAUCACCUCCACCACCACGGGGUUGUACGUCUCUUCCUGGUUAUCGCCGCCUUCUUCCUGUGUUGGACUCCAUAUAUAGGCGUUGCACUAGUCCAGGCCACGGAGACAGCCCUAUCGUGUAAGUCCUCCUUAGUCCCGCCCUCAGCGGUUACCUUCUCUUAUUGGUUGGUUCUGUUGAACUCAGAUAUCAAUCCUCUGCUGUAUGCUCUGCUCAGUCAGAGGUUCCAGGGGGCUCUGCGGUGCCUGAAGCAGAAGAUCAGAGUGCGUCUUGGGGGGAACGUGGUGGGGAGUGGGGGAGGUGAGACCAGGGAGGAGGGGAGGAGCAGUGAACCAUGUGACCCAUGUACUCUGACUUCCGUCCAUCCCCGCCCCCAGUGGCCCCGCCCCCAUCCUGGCCUAGUAUGUUCUGGACCUGGGUCUAACAUCCUCAACCCACCUGUAGGAGAGGGGCUGAGACGGGCCUACUGCUCUUCCAUCUUCACAGUCGACUCAAACUUCUCGGACAGCUCCAGGGAGCGUGUGUGUGGUGUGUUCGGCCCCGGUAGCUCCGCCUCUUCCUCCACCUCCUCCUGCCCCCUGUGGCAGGACUCAGUUGGAGGAGGUGGGGAGAGGAGUUCAAACAGGAGGUUGGAGUGCCUGCAGGUCCCCACCAGGACAGCAGAGGGCAGCAGUCUGCCGUUCUCUGCAGCCACCAGAGACAGACAGGCAACCUUCUUCUAUGGACAGAUCACAGUGAGGGUAGAGCAUGAUGUAUGCUAGUCGGAGCGGAUUAAGAUCUUUAUGAACCAUCCAUCUGUCAUUGAUCAAGGCACUUAACCCCGAAUGAAACGUCUCCAGGAGUGCUGUACUAUGACUUACCCUGCGCUCCAACCUAAGUGGAAGUGGGGUAAAACAGAAGACUAACGGCUCUAUCCAAUCAGAUCCGCUUUAGCCGACAUCAGCAUAGCAGUUGUUUUGAUGGUGUCAGAGGCAGAACUGCGUUAGAGCUGUCAAAUCCACAAGUGGCUCCCGACAUUAUACCUAUAGCAGACAUUGCGAUUGGCUGCACAGAGUCUGAUUAACAGAAAUCCUAUACAGUCUUGUUUACAAGUUUGAAUAGUGGAAUGUGAGAUGUAAUCUACACCUCCAUUAGAAACACUGGAAUGUGAGAUGUAAUCUACACCUCCAUUAGGAACACUGGAAUGUGAGAUGUAAUCUACACCUCCAUUAGAAACACUGGAAUGUGAGAUGUAUUCUACACCUCCAUUAGAAACACUGGAAUGUGAGAUGUAAUCUACACCUCCAUUAGAAACACUGGAAUGUGAGAUGUAAUCUACACCUCCAUUAGAAACACUGGAAUGUGAGAUGUAAUCUACACCUCCAUUAGGAACACUGGAAUGUGAGAUGUAAUCUACACCUCCAUUAGGAUGAUAGAAAUUCCCCUUUUUUUGGUUAAAUUAGUUUUUUAUUUGAAAAUAAUUGUUUCAGGGAGCUGAACUUCUAACAUGAGUGUGGCUUCUUGACAAGCAGCUGCGCUCCCCUUUGUAAAUUACAUCUGUUAUACUGUCUAGUUCCUUUGUAAAUUACAUCUGUUAUACUGUCUAGUUCCUUUGUAAAUUACAUCUGUUAUACUGUCUAGUUCCUUUGUA